UGCCAAGGCCGUUGAGAAUCGGGCAGCAGGAGGCAACGAUACGAAUGUAAAAAAAUCCAAGGUUUUGUUGUACGAGCUGAUGUGUGAUCGUUCGACAUGAUAAGAAAUUGGAAAGCAUCGCAGGAGGUAAAGAAGUGAGGUGCCGCGGAAUGUAACUCGCGCGGUGUCAUGGACAAUUGGGAAAAAUGCGAGGAGCGGUAAGGAGCAGGCUAAGGAUGCGAAGAACGCAAUUAUGAACAUCCUCUUAGGUCUGACGACAACGACGACGAGGUGUGCCUUACUCGAGGCCACCUCCAAGUACGAACUCCUGAGCCGCGUGCGGCGCUCCACCAACAAUCUCGGGCACAACCUUACGGUGCACCAGCAGCGCAAUCGGACUUUCGAAUCCAUCGAGAGCUUCGAGGAAGAAGCCAGCGAGGAGUGCCACUCGCUUUAUUUCGUCCUGGACUUUUCACACCAGUAUUACAUUCCGUUUAUCAUUCUUCUGGGUCUUGUCGGCAAUCUCCUGUCCUGCGUCGUCUUUCUCAACACGCACCUCAAGAUGCGGAGCUCCAGUUAUUAUUUGGCCGCCUUAGCGACGGCAGACUUCAGCUUCCUAUUUUCACUGCUGCUCGUCUGGCUGAACAAUGCAAUCGGCUGGCGCGUCUUUAAUAAGGACGGCUGGUGCGAAACCGUCGUUUACGUAAGCUCGGUGUGCAGCAGCCUUAGCGUUUGGCUGAUAGUCGCUUUUACCGUCGAGCGCUUCAUCGCCGUGCAGUAUCCGCUUCAUCGUCCUCACAUGUGCACCAUCACUCGGGCCAAGGCCAUCGUUCUCGUCCUCGUUGUCCUAGCGAUGGCCAGUCACUCGUACUCGUUUGUCACAGCUGGCGUCGUCAAGACCCAGGACGGCAAUGAGAUUUGCGACAUGAAGAGCGAGUACCUCGAGACCAUGAGGAUCAUCAGUAUUAUCGACAGCAUAGCCAGCCUUAUGGCACCACUUGUUCUCAUUAUCGUUAUGAACACGAUGAUUAUGCGAAACCUUUUGAGGUUUAGCAGGAGAUUUGGCCAGACACCCGGCUUCAACGAGACUAGGUGCCCCAGUAGGGAGCGCUCCGAUAUUAAUCUCAAUCAGAUACCGAGUGCUAGUAGCAGCAACAACGGAGGAAACGACAUUGCCCUGAGUUCGGGUAUUGGCGGCAGAAGACAACCGUCUCAGCAAUCAUUCCAGUCGUCGAAAAAUAAUCAUUCUCAUCUCUCUCGCACCCAAACUCCACAAGUGCAACAAGCCCCGACAACGGCCAGGAAUCCUUACCAAAUACCCGAGACGGCUUCGCGAUGCAUACAUGUGAGGUCAUCAUCUCGAAAUUUAGUUUCUACACGCAAUCAGCAAAGCAUAACAAAGAUGCUUCUGCUUAUUAGUACAGUUUUCAUUCUCCUGAAUUUACCAAGCUACGCCAUACGAUUAUGUGUCUUUUUCUUCACGCUGGCGCGUAAAGAUACACCUGCGUUACUGUGGUGUCUUCAGCAAUUUUUUAUGUUACUGUAUUAUACGAAUUUCAGUAUCAAUUUCUUAUUGUAUGCGAUGUGCGGCAUUACAUUUAGACGUUGCUUAGAUCAGCUAUUGCGCAAAGUUCUUAAAAAUUUAACAAGGUAUCACUGUAAUCCUCAGCGUUAUAUAUAGCUAGCAUUUAGGUAUUCAAGGUCAUUAAGAAGUCACACAGAAAUAGUUAUCAUGGCCACGGGAGAAAAUUCGCAAUGUCUUUAAGAAUUAUCAAUUGCGGAUUAGCUUUUAUGUACAACUGAUAUCAAUGUAAACUA